CGAUUAUAAAAAACCGUCGUUCCCACAAAAUCCACCACCAACUUCACCAUGGAGACCCGCUUAAAAGACACCUUGAUCCCCGUGCGCGAUCGCAUGGAGGAACUCAUCCGUUUCAAGCAGAAGCAGAUCGCCGCCGCUCUCCAGGCGUUGGAACCCCAGAAAACCUUCCACGUCGAUGAGUGGGACCGAGAAGAUGGUAAAGGAGGUGGGGUUACCAUGGUACUUCAAGACGGAAAAGUGAUUGAAAAGGCCGGAAUAGGCAUAUCCAUCAUUCACGGGGUGUUGCCCCCAGCCGCCGUGGCCCGCAUGAAAGUCAACCACAAAAACCUUAAGGCUGCUGUCGAUGGCACCAUCGAGUUCAAAGUGUGUGGAUUAUCGAUGAUUGUUCAUUGUACAAACCCCCACGCGCCCACCGUGCACUUGAACUAUCGGUACUUCCAGACCCUGGAUCCCGAGACCGGCAAGAGUGACGCGUGGUGGUUUGGCGGUGGUGCCGACCUAACUCCUACCUAUUUGUACGAGGAUGAUGCCAAAUUGUUCCACCAGUGCCACAAAGAUGCCUUGGAUAAGUUCGAUGUGAGUUUGUACCCCAAGUACAAACUGUGGUGUGAUGAGUACUUUUACAUCAAACACAGAAACGAGGCCCGGGGAAUUGGAGGAAUUUUCUUUGACGAUGUGGACAUCAAGUCUGCUGAUGAGCUUCUUUUGAUGGUCAACGAAUGUCUCGGGGCAUUUUUGGCGGCUUAUAUACCCAUUUUGGCAAGAAGAAUCCACACCCCGUUCACGGACGCUGAAAAACACUGGCAACAGGUAAGAAGAGGAAGAUACGUAGAAUUCAACUUGGUGAUCGAUAGAGGCACUCAGUUUGGCCUUCAGACACCCGGCGCCCGGAUCGAGAGUAUUUUGAUGUCAUUGCCACUCAAUGCCACCUGGAUAUAUGACCACCACCCCGAACCUGGCUCGCGGGAGGAACAAUUGGUAGAAGUGUUGAAGAAUCCUAAACAGUGGAUCUAAUGUAUAGAUAAAUCAUGUCAUCUGGGCACGCACGUCCCGUAGUUUUUGCGAAAAUGAGAAUCUCAGUUCUGUGCUACAAUAUACAUAUCCUCUAGUCCACAAUAUGAGUAUGAAUGCUUGAUGCUAAACUGAAGCCUAUUCUCGAAAAGCUGUUUGAACCAACAUGUCUGAUGCUGUACUCGCGCCUAAAAUAAAUACACUUCC